GGGGAGAAGAAGGGGCGGGGCCCCGGGCGGAGGGGCGGGGCGAGCCCUCCCCGCCUUUCGAUCACGCGCGGCAGGAAGUGGUGCGCGAGGCGGAGUAUUCACGAUGGGGACCACCCUGGACAUUAAGAUUAAAAGAGCGAACAAGGUUUAUCACGCUGGGGAAAUGCUGUCUGGGGUGGUGGUCAUAUCUGGGAAGGACUCAGUCCAGCACCAGGGCCUCUCCCUGACGGUGGAAGGAACCGUGAACCUGCAGCUCAGUGCCAAGAGUGUGGGGGUGUUCGAAGCCUUCUAUAAUUCCGUUAAGCCCAUCCAGGUCAUCAACAGUACCAUCGAAAUGGUGAAGCCAGGAAAAUUUCCCGGCGGCAAAACAGAAAUUCCUUUCGAGUUUCCGCUGCAUGUGAAGAGUAACAAAGUUCUGUACGAGACGUACCACGGCGUGUUCGUCAACAUCCAGUACACCCUGCGCUGUGACAUGCGGCGGUCCCUGCUGGCCAAGGACUUGACCAAGACCUGCGAGUUCAUCGUCCACUCCACCCCUCAGAAGGGGAAAUGGACUCCGAGCCCCGUGGACUUCACGAUCACACCUGACACCUUGCAGAACGUCAAAGAGAGGGCCUUGCUCCCCAAAUUUCUCAUCAGAGGACAUCUCAACUCGACCAACUGUGUGAUCACACAGCCACUGACGGGAGAGCUGGUGGUGGAGAGCUCGGAGGCCGCCAUCAAAAGCAUCGAGCUGCAGCUGGUGCGCGUGGAGACGUGUGGCUGUGCAGAAGGCUACGCCCGCGACGCCACAGAGAUUCAGAACAUUCAGAUCGCCGACGGAGACGUGUGUCGGGGCCUCUCCAUCCCCAUCUACAUGGUCUUCCCCCGGCUGUUCACCUGCCCGACACUGGAGACCACCAACUUCAAAGUGGGACGAGUUCCAUGGAGUCCGUGUCCUGCCUUCAUGGCCGUAUCAGGAUGCUGUGCCCAGGGCCUAGUACGCAGCAGGUGCUCAGUACACAGCUGUUCUCACUGGCGUCCAGGUGGGCCCACCUUCUCAGCAAAGCACUGAAGGUAUGUGGCUACACGAAGGUGGGCGUGCCCUCUAAGCAGAUCACGUUGAGGUGAAGAGGAAAAGGGGGUUAGCUACGGUGACGCAUUCUUUUUAAAAUUAUUCUUUGAAUAAGGUUUGAUGAUUAACAUUUAUUAAUUAAGUUUGAUUAAAGUUAAAACGCCUGAAAAGCAGUCCUGUUUCUUUCAAGAAGGGUUAUUAUGUUGGAGAUGUUUUUGGUCUUCAUUUUGACAAGCCUUCCCGUCUUUACUUUUACUUUACAAAGUCUUUACUUUGCAAAGACUUUACUGUCUUUGCUUUUUAUCAGCUGCAUCAGCAAGUACUUCACAUGAUGAUGAAAGGAAUUUCCAUCUCUUUUACCUGUUUUCUUUAAUCCGUUUCUCCAGAGAGCAUCAUCUGAUGAAAAGCUACCUAAAAUUAUUUUACUGCUUCUGUCUUGUGCUGUGAUCACUUGGCCCACCUGCUUCUAGUCUUUGAACUUACCUUAAAAAUGUAGUAACGUAUAACAAGAACCAUCACAAUGUUGUAAUUAUCCUCCAAUUAAAAUUUUUAAAAGGUGGUAACGUUUUGCAAUGCUAGGGUAACAUUUCAAUUUUGUAUUGGAUUAUGCCCUAUGUAUAGCAUGAACUUUUCAGCAGGGAAAAUAAUCCAAACUCUUAGGAAUAGUUACUGCUCAAAGUUAUACACUAUUCUGAAUUAAACGCUACUGGAUUGAAGACAGAGACUGAUAACACUGGCUCUCCUGGAUCAUCUCUUAGUGCUCAGCAGACUAGAAGGUCCUCUAUCAGGGAGCCCUUUCUCACCAGCCUCAGUAGCCCUGUAUCCACAAGGACCAAAAGGUCCCUAAAAGCUGGUCCAACCUAAAUCAUCCACGGGAGUAUCUGGUCCAUGCCACAGGGUCCGGGACAGGACCAUGUAUCAAGGUCAUUUUGGUGUGAACCAGAAGUCUGCUAACCCUAACCCUCCACAAGUGCCUCACAGAGAUCAACAGUGAGAAAUGCAAUCUGAUUAACUUCGACACUCUCAUCCGUAUUCGCCUGAAAAACCUCUCAUCCUAGCCUAGAAUAGUAAACUCUAUCAUCUCUGUCUAGUCUUUCCAUUCACAGAUUUCAACAGCCAAUCUUGUGAACUUGAGUUUAGCAACCUCUACUUAAUUAAGCAAAAGGAUGCUUUGAUCCAGUUUUGAAAAUGUCCUUGAACUCUUGGUUAGACUCCUCAGACGUACAGUGGCUCUUCUGUCCAAACGAAUCACCUUUUAAAUUGGUAGCGUAAUAUAUGUCUUGAAUUUUCAAGCAGAAUGCUUUAAAUUAGACAAAGAAUGGAUAACACGGCUAUUAUUUUAGAACGCUCUUUAUUUCGACACAGGACACGUGUAAGGCAUGUUCACAAGUAACAGUUUGAGGUUAUGCACAAACACAUCCUCUUACUCUCCAGCUGUUCUCCUUUCCCGCUGCGCCUGCUGCUACACACGGGUCCCUGUGUACCUUCGUAUCUGCAAGUCCUCAGUUAUUCUGAACAUGCAGACAAUGUUUUCGGGACCUGCUUCAAAAUAUGGAAUGAGCGUCUAUGCACUAAGACAUCAAAACCGAGGGAGAAGCAAAGCAGACGGAGGCGACUGCGUCAGCACGUGAACCUGGGGCUCUGAGCUUCUGAGGGAAACAGAGAACGCGUGGGAAAACACUUUUUGAUCCUUCCGGUUUGAGAGAGAUGGAAGGCGCCCGGAAUUCACGGUUCUAUGUCUACUGCUGUCUGUAAGUCACUGAAGAUAAGCAGUUUGUCUAAUGCAGCUGCGGUUUUGUUCUCAGGCUACAGUACACGAGUGCAUGCAUUACUCUACACAAAUGUCAAACACGAACGACUGGAACAGCAACAUCUCAGGACUGUCUAAUUAUACAAGUGUCUCUUUUUGGUGGUGGGGUAAGGAAAGGGACUGAUGGUGACUGUUUCCCUCAGCUGCCGCUGUGUGCCAGACAGAGAUACCCAAACACUUGUUGUCUAACUCAGAGAGGGGGACAAAGGUCACUAACAAGAACAGUAAGGUCUUCAAAACAGUCCACUCCAGACCCGGGGGUGGGAUAAUGAUGAGGGAGCCUCGACUUCAGGGGUUAAGAAGUCUUGGCUGAUGUUAGCAAGGGUUUUGUAACUUAUUUUCAAAAAUCAUUGUGUCUUUGAAAGAUGGAAAACAAGCACUUACAAAUCUACUGGGGAGAAAAAAUAAUGAAA